UCCAACGUUCCAAUCUACCCUCUCAUCCAUUUCAUCUCUAUCCUCACACACACACAUAGACGCGCUCCUCCUCUCUCUCUCUAAAUUCCAAAUCCCCCCUUUCUCUCUCUAUCUUUCCUCCAGAUAUUUUUGAAAUUGAGUGCAUGGACCCAGCGCUGGAUCCACCUCCACCGGUUGCCGCCCCGCCCGCGCCGGCAAUUCCCGUCGCCUACAACCACCCCCCUUUUCCCGAGAUGAUUUCGGCCGCGAUUACGGCGCUGAACGAGAGAGACGGGUCGAGCAAGAGAGCCAUCGCUAAGUACAUCGAGACGCACUACUCCGACCUCCCACCGACUCACUCCGACUUGCUCACUCACCACCUCAAACACCUCAAAGCCAGCGGUCACCUCCUCAUGGUCAAGCAUUCCUACACACUCCCCGGUCUCAGAUCUGCUCCGCCUCCCCCCGCCUUCAACGGCCCCGCCGCCGCCGUUGAAUCUGCUGAUCCAUCCCCUGCCUCCACAAAGCGCCGCCCCGGCCGCCCCCCCAAGCCCAAGCCGGACGCCGUCCACGUCGCCGUCCCCGUCUUUCCCCCUCCCCUAAACAUCAACGACGCGCCGGCUUUCACCUCCGACUUACCGUCGGAGAGUGCGUAUAUCGCUGCUGCGGUGCCGAUGCCAUUGCCGUUGCCUGUUAACGGCACCGCCACCCCCACGGGUUCGCCGGCUAGGGGCCGCGGCCGCCCCCCAAAGAGCGCCAAGCGCGGACCCGGCCGCCCAUCUAAGGGCGACGGUGCGGGCGGGGGCAGCAGUGGGAGGGGCAGGGGGAGGCCGAAGAAGAGUGCUUCCCCUGCUGCUACCCCGGCUGGACAGGCGAAGGGGUCGGGGAGGCCGCGAGGGAGGCCGCCCAAGCCUAUUAAUGUGGUGGAAGGGUUUGCUUCUCCAGUGAGUGCUGACCACUUUGCACUUGUUACCGCUGCUCCGGCUGUGGAUGCGCCGGUGGUGACAGGGAAGCGUCGCGGGAGGCCGCCCAAGCCCGGAAACGAAGCAAAGAAGCCUAGGAACAUGACUGUUGCGCUUCACAAGAGACAGAGGAAUCUCUCCGGCAAGCCGCUGGGCCGGCCGAGAAAGGUGGUUGCUGAAGCAACGGUGAAUCGGACUCCGGACUCACAUCUCCUUGUGGCAUAUCUGGAUCUCAAGGCCAAACUCGAAAAUUUGCAAUCAAUGGUCAAGCAAGCUGCAACUUUGAUCAGACCAUCCCUGACGAGUGAGGCUGCAAUUAACGCCAUAGAUGAGCUCGAGCUUGUGGCGUUGAAUGCGAGUGCACCCCCAAAUGCUCAAACCCAGCAGCAGCCCCUGCCGGAGCAGGUGCAGCCCCAAAGUUAGAGUCGCUGACAGGUAAAAUGUAGUGCUGACUAUUGGUGGAAGCUAAGUUGGGGGUUUUUCCUUGUCAUUGGUACAAUGUUAAGAUUAGCGCUUAGAAAAGAGAAUUGUGAUUUAUGGGCGAAGACUAGCGUGGAAUCGAGCUUCUUGUAAGGUGUCUUCACCAGACAAAUAGGUUUGUAUUCGUUCGUGUAAGAUGUAGGUAAUCAUACGUUGACUGCUGGAUGUUUCUAUUGAUGUAUGUUGCUGCGAGAUAUUCUAGGCAUACAUAACUCUCCUGUUAGCUUGACAUGUCCCAUAACUGAUGCAACUUUCAGAUCUGUAAUACAUUUGGUAGAUCUAGUGCUCUUAAAUUAUGGGUUCAUUUGUUUGA